GGAAAAGGCAUUUUAUGACUGUGCACUGCUACAGUGAGGACCUUGCCUGUGACUUGUGAUUGCAACAUAAGCUAAGACGCAGUGUUGGAUUAUGGAAGGGAACUUGAUGUACCUGCUGGACGAGGGGAACUCUGAAAAUGUGUCGGUGGGUUACAUGUCAUCAACAUCUAACUCCUCUGCAGCCUAUGAAUAUGGCUUCUACCCAGAACUGGACGUCAGCUGUGAUCUUGAAAAUAUUCUACCAUUUGCAUCUACCUUUUUUCCAGUGCUGUACUCCCUGCUCUUUGUUACUGGUCUCGUGGGAAAUGCUUUGGUCGUUUGGGUCCUAACAGUCUUCAAGAAAGUCAGGGCCAUGACUGACGUGUAUCUGUUGAACCUCGCCAUCUCUGACCUCCUCUUUGUUUUCUCCCUCCCCUUCUUGGUUCAAUACUCCAUCAGGAGACAAUGGACUUUUGGAAAUGCGAUGUGUAAAAUCAUCAGCUCAGCUUACUUUAUUGGUUUCUACAGCAGUGCCUUCUUCAUAACCAUCAUGAGCAUCGACAGGUACUUGGCCAUUGUCCGGUCUGUCUACGCUCUACAGGUUCGGACAACUGCCUAUGGGGUUAUUACCAGCCUGGUCCUUUGGGCAGUUGCCAUUUUAGCGUCAGCACCAGACCUAAUUUUUUUCCAGGAAAUGAAUGACAAUAACCAGACUAAGUGCAUCCCUCACUAUCCUGACAGCAGCAACGGCUGGAAGACUUUGAGUAAUUUUGAAGUCAAUGUCCUGGGGUGGCUGAUUCCGGUUGGUGUCCUCAUUUUCUGCUACUACAGCAUCUUGAAAAACCUUCAGAAGUGCCAUACUCAAAACAAGUACAAAGCAAUGAAACUGGUUUUUAUUGUUGUCAUUGUGUUCUUCCUCUUCUGGACCCCCGUGAACAUUGUGCUUUUUAUGGACUCUCUGAGGAACAUGUAUAUCAUUGACGACUGCCAGACAAGCCAAAGGCUAGACUUAGCCAUGGAGCUGGCUGAGGCGUUGUCCUUCAUCCACUGCUGCCUCAACCCAGUCAUCUACGCCUUUGUGGGUGAGAAGUUCAAGAAGCAUCUUUGUGAAGCUUUCAGAAAAUACACACGUUUUCUGUUGGUCUGCAAAGACUACAGUGCUUUUGAUGGUCGCAGUCUGGACAAGCAUUCCUCUCUGCACGUGACGUCUUCACAGUCGUCUUUUGUUGGCAGUGUCUUGUAGAGCUAUGAGUCAAAAACUUUCAUCCUGAACAGGUGACCUGAAGUUGAGAAAUUGUCCCAGCAGGGCAUCCACAAGGAUGCACUGUUUGGGCAGCCUUUUAGGACAGGAAUCACAGAAUCAUAGAAUGAUUUGGGUUGGAAGGGACCUUAAAGAUCAUCUAGUUCCAACCUCCCUGCCAUGGGCAGGGACACCUCUCACUAGACCAGGUUGCUCAAAGCCCCAUCCAGCCUGGUCUCGAACAUUUCCAGGGAUGGGGCAUCCACAGCUUCCCUGGGCAACCUGUUCCAGUGCCUCACCACCCUGAUAGUGAAAAAUUUCUUCCUGGUAUCUAAUCUAAAACUACCCUCUUCCACUUUGAAGCCAUUACCACUCAUCCUGUCACUACAGGAAAAGUGGAAGCAGCUGCUUGAGCAUGCUUUUAUCAUGGUUGCUUUGGCGUUCUUACUUUUUAGGAUCUUUUUUAGCAUCUCCCUCCCUUUCCCUUGUCACGUCCUGCCCUGCCUGCUUUGUGAAAGGGAGGCCGAAACUACCAUCAGAUGCCCACACUAUCUGAGCAGCAUGGAGAGGUGCCUUAGAAACAUUUCUUCCCCCACCUCAGAUACCAUACUGAAAGGAACUGUUUGUUUCUGAACUCAAGAGACUUGGCUGCUCCUUCCCUUGUCUCAGUAGAGUGGAUUGGCUUCAUAGGCAGGGAUGGAGCUCACAGCAAGAGCGGGAACCCACUCUUUGGAGGGAAUUGGUGCCCAAGUUUAAGGCAUCCUGCCUGGCUCCCAGUUGACAGAUUUGAAUGAGGUUUCCAGCCCGGAAAGGGUUUAGUGAGCGAAUAACUAGAUAAGCAACAAAGAAAUAAAUGCUAUGCAUGUGUUUUGUUGAAAUCAACAUAGAGGAAUAUCUAGGUAUGAUCCUGACUCCCUAUCUGCUACCAGGGCCUUCCUGGGCUGGAAGGGUUUGGAAGCUGUAGCCUAUAAAUUACACUGUGGGUGUCAAGAAAAAAUCCGUAUGGGACGAAAUGAGUGGCCUAGGGAUGAGCAGGGAAAUAGCUACCAAGAAACUUUUUCCACUGAAGAGCGGAAAAAAUACUGUGUGUGAAUCAUUUACCAAAGCUUCCUGUGGACCCACUGGCUGGUGAGCCACAGGCCAGAGCGGUGGCUGCUCUCAGCAGAGCCGCUGGCCAAGGGGCUGGUUGUUCUGCAGAUGUCCAAAACAGGAUGGAGAGAGGCACAAACAAGGGUAGUACACCAUGCAUCCUGUAACACAGGUGGUAGCUAAAGCAGACAGCACCGGCUGGUUUGAGUGGCCAGAGGCUCUAGAGAUGCCUAAAACCCAGAUGACACUCACACUUCCCCAUGAGGGAAAUUUUUGAACGCUUUAAGCAACCGAUGUGCCGGUAUCGUCACUGCUCUCGAGCGUGUGACUGGGGUUGACCUCCCAGUUACUGUUCCAACUUGGAUUUAUAUCUGAAUGG